GAUCUUCAACGCUCUAAAUAGACCAUUGCCAGCGAUGUGAGACUCGGAUCGCAGAUCGCAGCAGAAAGAGGGUGUGGGAACGUUGGAACCCUUCUUGCCGACAUUUCGAGCCAACCUGCCCAAACAAGGAUAUCUCACACAAGAAGCUUGCCCUCAAUCCACCCUCCUUUUCGCCAUCAUAUCGUGGUCAUCGAUACAAAAUCCCUUGCAAGUAGUAUUUUACCUGCUACCAUCGAUCAAGUGCACAUGUGCUCCCCUUCGUACAAGCGUACUUUACUCGACGUUUAUGUCCAUGUCGGUCAAGAAGUUACCGGCCCGGGCCGGCCGGAAAUGCCGGGUAUUCGGUCCGCAUACGCCCUCUUGCUGCUAAACUUUGCUUCUGCCCGUGUAUAAGCUGAACCAUCUCAAACAGUAUGUUUCCCUCCACUCUCUCAUAUCUAUUCUUCACUUCACUAUCACUAUACAACACACUAUGUCAGCUCCGUGCGAAGGAUGUACUUGCGGUCGAGCGCAAGGAAAUGUCUUGUCACCGUUGGAACAAGAAGAACAAUUUCAUGAACGUCCAGAAAGAAGUUUCACCAGUCCUCUGGAUUGGGUUGAGCCGACCGAGGGUAUAGAACCUGCUGUACCUCUCAGAUCCAAGAAAUGGUUCAAUUCUCCUGAAGAUGAUAUGUGUGCAGGCUAUGUUGAACGAUUCUUGAACGGAGGUCUGACAAUGGGAGAAAUCACUGCCAAGAAGAAGCCUAUCAUUGGUAUCGCUCAAACUGGAUCGGAUCUCGCACCGUGUAAUUCACACCAUGUCCAAUUGGCCAAACGAGUCAGGGACGGUAUUCUCGCUGCUGGUGGAACACCAUUCGAGUUCCCUUGUCAUCCUAUUCAAGAGACUGCAAAGCGUCCUACAGCCGCACUGGAUCGUAAUCUGGCCUACUUGAGUUUAGUCGAGGUGUUGUUCGGUUACCCACUCGACGGCGUAGUGCUUCUCACGGGGUGUGACAAGACAACCCCUGCUCUUCUUAUGGCAGCUGCGACGGUCAACAUUCCUGCUAUCUGUAUGAACGUUGGUCCUAUGCUCAACGGAUACGCAGGAAGUCGAUUGGUCGGUUCUGGAGGUGUGGUCUGGGACAGUCGUCUUCUUCUUUCAGCUGGUAAAAUCACCGAAGCUCAAUAUAUGCAACGUGUUUCCCUUUCUGCACCAUCAGUGGGUCAUUGCAAUACUAUGGGCACAGCAUCAACUAUGAACGCUAUGGCAGAAGCGCUCGGUAUGGCUCUUCCUGGAUCAGCUUCCAUCCCUGCUGUCUACCGUGAACGUGGUGCUUGCGCCUAUCAAACCGGACGUAGGGCUGUCGAAUUGGUCAUGGAAGAUGUCAAACCUUCUGAUAUCCUUACUAAAGCCGCUUUCGAAAACGCUAUCGCCGCGUGUACGGCAAUUGGUGGAUCGACAAAUGCUCCUAUCCACUUGAACGCUAUCGCUAAACAUAUCGGUGUGGAUUUGACUUGCGAUGAUUGGGAACGUGUGGGAUAUCAUCUUCCAUUAUUGCUUAAUAUCCAACCUGCUGGAAAAUAUCUUUGUGAAGAAUAUCAUCGUGCUGGUGGAUUACCUGCUAUCAUGGCGGAACUUAUCCAAGCUGGAAAACUCCCACAUCCAGACGCUAUGACAGUCUCAGGUCAAACCAUGGGAGAUAAUUGUCGUGGUGAUCUCACAAACGACUCCAGAGUCAUAUUACCCUUCGAUAAACCUCUCAUGGAAGAAGCUGGUUUCCUCAACCUCAAAGGUACUCUUUUCGAUUCGGCAAUUAUGAAAACUUCCGUUAUCUCACCUGCGUUCAGAGAACAAUAUUUGAGUAAACCUGAUGAUCCUAUGGCUUUCGAAGGUCCCGUAGCGGUAUUCGAUGGUCCCGAGGAAUAUCAUCAUGAUAUCGAAACUAGGAAAGAUAUAAAAGCUGGAACUAUUUUGAUAAUGAGAGGUACGGGACCGAAAGGAUAUCCUGGUUCUGCAGAAGUGGUUAAUAUGAUUCCUCCUGGUGAAUUGAUCAAACAAGGUGUAGAGUUGCCAUGUAUCGGAGACGGUCGUCAAUCCGGUACUUCCGGUUCCCCGUCAAUCCUCAACGCUUCCCCUGAAGCUGCAACUGGUGGAAUGUUAGGAUACCUUAAAGAUGGUGAUAUAAUCCGUAUCGACUUGAACAAACGUACCGCCGAUGUAAAACUCACUCCUGAAGAAAUCACCGCUCGUAAAGCUGAAUUGGGUCCUUAUAAGAUUCCGACAAACCAAACACCUUGGCAAGAGAUCUUCCGUAAUCUCGUUGGGGAAUUGAGCGAGGGAAUGGUGUUUGAUAUGGCUACAAAGUAUCAACGUGUGGCACAGGUUCAUGGAGUUGGAAGGAGGAAUCAUUGAGAUUUCUUCUAUCAUACUUUGAGUACUUUCUUGGUCGAUCGUGUUUCAUUUUUCAUCUGGCUAGUAGAUAUGUAUAUCAUUCAUGCAUCUACAUCGUGUAU